GGAAAUUGUCACAAAGGAAUGUGUCCGCCCCCCACGUAUACCCCAAAACCAGACUGUCAGCCUCCAGGGCUGCAGAAAGGUUUUGGUGAUCUUAUAAAAAGGAAAAAAAUACUUCGGAACAUUCCUUGCGACAUUGUCCCGGCGGCUAUCAUUCUUAAAGCGCGAGGAUGGUGAUGGUGAAGAGGAUCUGCUGCAUCGGUGCGGGGUACGUGGGCGGCCCUACUUGCAGCGUUAUCGCCCAGAUGUGCCCGGAGGUGACGGUCACGGUGGUGGAUCUGAACGAGGAGCGCAUCCGGGCCUGGAACUCCGACAACCUGCCCAUCUUCGAGCCUGGACUACAGGACGUGGUGGAGUCAUGUAGAGGGGUGAAUCUCUUUUUCUCCACGGACAUCGACACGGCGAUCCAGGAGGCAGAUCUGAUCUUUAUAUCGGUGAACACCCCGACUAAGACGUUCGGCAUCGGGAAAGGGCGGGCGGCGGAUCUGAAGUACAUCGAGUCGUGCGCUCGGCGAAUCGCGGACGUCUCCAGCGGCUGUAAGAUCGUGGUGGAGAAGAGCACGGUGCCCGUCCGCGCGGCCGAGAGCAUCCGCCGCAUCCUUACCGCCAACACCAAACGCAGCCUCAACUUCCAGGUCCUCUCCAACCCAGAGUUCCUAGCGGAGGGAACGGCCAUCGCUGACCUGAAGAACCCCGACCGCGUGCUGAUUGGAGGAGACGAGACCCCUGAGGGUCAAAGGGCGAUCGAGGCACUGCACAGCAUCUACGAGCACUGGGUCCCCAAGAGCAAGAUCAUCACCACCAACACCUGGUCGUCUGAGCUGUCCAAACUGGCGGCCAACGCCUUCCUCGCCCAGCGAAUCAGCAGCAUCAACUCCAUCAGCGCCCUGUGCGAGGUCACGGGGGCGGACGUGGAGGAGGUGGCCCACGCCAUCGGCACUGACCAGCGAAUCGGGAGCCGCUUCCUGAAGGCCAGCGUGGGGUUUGGGGGCAGCUGCUUCCAGAAAGACGUCCUCAACCUGGUCUACCUGUGUGAAGCUCUGAACCUGCCCGAGGUAGCCCGGUACUGGCAACAGGUGAUUGAGAUCAACGAUUACCAGCGGAAGCGCUUCUCCUCGCGAAUCAUCGGCUGCCUUUUCAACACAGUGACGGACAAGAAGAUCGCCCUGCUGGGGUUCGCCUUCAAGAAGGACACUGGCGACACCAGAGAGUCCUCCACCAUAGCCAUCAGCCAGUACCUGAUGGAUGAGGGUGCCCGUCUGCACAUCUACGACCCGAAAGUGAAGAAGGAGCAGAUCAUCCAGGACCUGUCCCACGUGGAGGACCCCUCCAGAGUGUCCCGCCUCGUCACCAUCUCCACCGACCCCUACGAUGCCUGCGAGGACGCCCACGCCAUCGUCAUCUGCACAGAGUGGGACAUGUUCACGGAACUGGACUAUGAGAGGAUCUAUGCUGCCAUGUUGAAGCCUGCGUUCAUCUUCGACGGCCGCAGGAUUCUGGACAGCUUGCACGAGCAGCUGCAGCACAUCGGCUUCCAGGUGGAGACCAUCGGUAAAAGGGUAAAACAGAGAUUAUCCUUCAGUGUCAACAAGGAGAUGCCCACUCCUGACCACCAACCUGCACCCAAGAGGACCAAGCAAUGAGGCCUUCACUGUGUUUCUGUGUGUGCUCCAUUAGGUCACUGCCACUGUGGUUCCACACUUUUAUCUGCAAAAAACAAACAUCUCAUAUCAGACCUCGGUCAAAUAUGUCAUUAUUUUGGAUUCAAGUUUUCUAUGCAUUACUGAGCUUGUCUGGUGUAUUGGAACGUAUGCAAUCAUUUCAAAAGGGGCAGACCCCACCUUCCUCUCCUUUUGGUUGGUUCAAUUGUGCCAGGCAAGAUCAGUCGAGCACAAGAGUCUUUGAAUCCAAAAUAAUGAUAUAUUUCACCCAAGUUAUUUAUAUUCAGUAUUACUACAUUCUUUAUAUGCUAUAUUGUAUGUCAGACUUGGAAAUGGAGUUGGACCUAGUGUCUGAAAGCACCCGAGGAGUUUUGAAAGUGUCUGUCUGCCUGUCUGUUUGUCUGUCAGAGUAUUUUUCCACCUUUGAGUUUUGCUGUUGUUUCCUACAGUGAAUGAAAAGCCUUAUUCAAAAUCAGAAGUUAAGCCAGUCUGUUUCAUUUACUGGUGUCAUUUUAUAGAUGAUUUUUCCUUUGAUUCCAGAAAUAUUUUAAGCCUGGGUCCAGUUAGUGUUUACUGCCUAAGCAAUAAUUUCUGAAUGAAAUAGUUUAUUUUUAUUUAAGUUUUUAGUAUUAUUUAAUGCAGUAAACAUGGCAAAUAAACUAUGGGCUGCUGUUGAUUCCUUUGGUUAGUCUUUGCUGUGAAAGAAUGCGCUUUAACUGAAGAAUUGUAUGGUGUUCCAUAUUGACAAGUUGGUUUAUAGCAUACAGUGAAACAUUUAAAAUAAUGCAAUAUAGCUCUUUCAGCACUGUA